AUCCAGUAUCGUCUAAUAAUCCUACAAAAUGUUCAAGCUUUUCGUAUUUUUGGCCCUUGUUGCCUUCGCCUUCGCCACCGCCGCCCCAAAAGCUGAACCUCAGUACUUUGGAGGAUACUAUGGCGGUUUGGGCUACCAUCAUGGUUUGGGAUAUGCCGGAUAUGGAGGAGCUUUGGGUUAUGGCUACGCUUCGCCAUAUGCCUAUGGACAUUACGGAUAUUACUAAACAAACCUCAGUGAACUUUAUUCUACCAGUUUUUGAUUCUGUAAAUUUUAUUGUCACUACCUGUUAAACUAAAUAAAAACAUUCCAAAAAUA